CUGAAUGAAUUAUACUUUGGUGCUCAUGGUUUCCGUAAUGAACUGAACAAUUGAAUUGUGGAGAAUCUAAUGGAUCUAAUGAUGUAGCAUGUCCACAUUGAAAAAAGUUUAAAUUUUGAUUAAGUGAUCUAAGCAGCUUAGAACUAGCUAAGUGCUAACCUGGUGAGCUCUAAGAGGUUGUAUACAUCCAAAGAACUUAAAACCAUACCUGGCAUCUAAUUGAGACCUGCAUUUAUUAGUCCAAACAUGUAGCCACACGCCAGUAAAAGGGAUUUUAAUUGAAGUUUUACGGCAUGCAACAAUGGAUCAAAUGACAAUGUGUGUGUGAAAGGCAUCAGAAUCAGAAAUACUUUAUUGUAGAGAUGAAUCCAGAAAGAAUUAUCACCCAAUUUUGCAGUUCCCCUCAGCUCUAUGGAGCGUUUCGCUAAUUGUUUUGUUUUUCUGACCCACCACUUUAAUUUUGGGGUUUAGUCUCACCAUUUGCAACAGCAUCUUUUUUAGACACAACACGCAGCUGUUCAUUAUCUGCCCACUACCAUAUGGCAUAAGUUAGCACCUAGCUGGAGCUAGCUGAUGAACACAAUGAAUCAUUUAGACGCUAAAGAGCCAGAUAUUUUUCUCAGGAGUUAUUGCAGACCAAAUCAGAGCUAAGAGGUGAGUGAACAUUGGACUUACAUUCAUCAGGUGGACACAAACAUGACUCCAAAUUAAUCUCUCCGUGUCUGCUGGAUGUGUAAAUAGGCAAGUGUGUGUUACAACAAGUUCGCCAUAACAGCUUAAAAGGUUGUGUUGACAUAUUGCUCACUGACUCAGGAUGGCUCAGAAAAAUGCCUCUGGCCAUGCAUAUACACAUAUAUAGACCCGCAUGUUAUUUUGCCUGGUCUUUUUAACUACUCACUCCUCUCUUUGCCCUUGGGUGGGCUGGGUCCUCAGUGCUCCCCCGGACCUGCACGGCCUCUACAAGCGCCUCCAGAGUUCCCACCCUCUACUGGCCGUGACGUCACAGGUCCGGAUCCGAGAGCAGCCGGUGUUUGCCCAUCGACAGGGUCAAGAGCGCAGGGAGGACCGGGAGAGGAGGACCAGGGACCUUCUGCACCACAACACCCAACACACCUCCACCGUCCAUGUCACGCCUCCCCGCGGCCAGCCUGCUGUGAGCCAGAAGCCCCUGGAAGUUCUCAAGGUGCAGUCCCACCUGGAGAAUCCCACCACGUACCACAUCCAGCAGGCUCAGAGGCAGCAGGUGAGGCAGUAUCUUUCCACCACACUGGGUGGUAAAGCCGGCAGCCAGUGCCCCAGCCAGCCCCCUGAGCACGGCAUGCCACCCGGGCCCGGCAGCAGCGCCCCCAACAGUCCCAUGGCCCUGCUCACCCUCAGCUCCAACUGUGAGAAAGAGAUGGAUGAUGUCAUUGAUGAUAUUAUUAGCUUGGAGUCAAGUUACAAUGAAGAUGUUCUUGGACUUAUGGACGCAGGACUCCAAAUUAACAACCCGCUCCCUGUGUCGGGUAGCCUUCUCGAUGUGUACGGCAACCAAGGACUUCCACUCCCGGGCCUCGCCAUCAGUAACUCCUGUCCGUCCAACAUUAAAAGGGAAUACACAGCUCCUGGCAUGAAGCAAGUACUGGACAAGCCUGGAUCCUGUGGCCAGUAUGAAAACUAUCAAAGGCCAGAGGGCUUUCCAGUAGAGGCUGAAGUUCGUGCUCUUGCUAAAGAGAGACAGAAGAAAGAUAACCACAACUUAAUUGAACGAAGACGGAGAUUCAACAUCAACGAUCGCAUUAAAGAGUUGGGAACCCUGAUACCCAAGUCAAAUGAUCCAGACAUGCGCUGGAAUAAGGGCACCAUUCUGAAGGCCUCAGUGGACUAUAUCAGGAGGCUACAGCGGGAGCAGCAGAGAGCCAAGGAGCUUGAGUGCAGACAGAGGAAGCUGGAGCACGCAAACCGCCAUCUGAUGCUUCGUAUUCAGGAGUUGGAGAUCCAGGCCCGUGCUCAUGGUCUUACAGUGGUGUCGUCCUCAUCUGUCUGCACAUCGAAUUUGAUGGCCCGAGCCAUUAAACAGGAGCCUGUCCUCGGCGACUGCCCCUCAGAUCUCUACCAGCAUAGCUCGGCUCCUGACAUGUCCCCUCCGACAACACUGGACCUCAACAACGGCACCAUCACCUUCGACCAGAUUCCUGCUGAUGCUGGGGACCCUGGCGCCUAUGGAAACUCCAGGACCUGUAAAAUGAAGGAAUUGGUAAGGGACAACACCCUGUCGCCAGUUUCCCCAAGUGAUCCCCUGCUGUCCUCGAUGUCCCCAGAUGGCUCCAACAACAUUAGCAGCCACCACAGUUCCUGCUCUAGUAUGGAGGAGAAGGAGCAUGGCUGUUAACAUUGUCCAAUGCCAUGAGCAAUACUGACACUUUCUAGCUACUGUAUGGCAUCCCAUCAAUGAGGCACCUCACCUUAAAAUGACUUGAAGGUAUCCACAUGACUAAGGGGAUAAUGGAACUUAAUGUGACAUUUCAGUUCCUCGAUUGUACACAGUAUUUUUACAUUGUUUUAAUCUUGAUGCUGUAUAGAUGGACAGUUCAGAAUCACUUGACAAACAUAUACAAGUUGACAAAUAUGAUUGCUGUUAUUAUACACUAGGUUUUUCAUAUUUGUCCAUGGCAAAAGAGAUCGCAUACAUAUGUGAAAAUACACUGGUAAAGUACAAAAAGGUUAGUGUUAUGUCCAAACAUGCCAGAAAAAAUGAUUUACUUCUUGUAGACAGAAUAUAAGAUUACUGACUCAGUCAAUGGUAAAUGGACUGUACUUGUAUAGUGCCUUUCUAGUCUUCCGACCACUCAAAGCACUUCACGCUACAUAUCACAUUCACCCCAUUCAUACACUGAUGGCAGGUGCCAACUGCUCAUCAGUCCAAAGAAACUAACUCAUUCACACACACUCCUACACUGAAGGCACAGCCCUCGGGAGCAAUAUGGGCUUCAGUAUCUUGGCCUGGGGGAACCCGGUAUCGAACUGCCGACCUUCCGAUUAGUGGAUGAGUAUUGCAUAUUAUUGCAUAUUUGUAAUUGUUUCAAUGCAUAUUUAAAUUUAUAUUUUUUUCACCCCAUGCUCUUAAUGUAUUUUGAAGAAAUAACAAAUCAAACAUUGUUUUUAUUAAGUAUUAUAUUAUUAUCAUCAUUUAUGUUUUUUUUUUCUUUUAUCCACUGAGAGCUCAUUUUGUCUGAGAUUUAUACCAGUACUUCAGAGAUUGGUUUCUCAAAUUAUUUAGUUAUUGAUAUUUUCUUAUUCUAACAUGAUCUCAGACAUCACAACUUAAUUUGUACUUUGUGUACUAGUUUUGAUGAGUAAAGGCAAAUAAGACAUAUUGAAGGAAAAGUAGUGUUUGGCAAUAUAGGGUAAAAUUACCUUAUAUUGAUAAUGUAAUACAGUAUUUUUAAAGCGUUGGUCAGGUUACAGAAAAGAAAGAAAGAACAGAAAAGAAAAAUAUGGCUUUGUUUUGGGUCCACAGAUGACAAAAGUAUUAUGGUACAUUAUAUCUGGUCCACCAGCCAAAAGUUUUACUCAAAUUGGGUCCUGUUUGUAAAACCUAAAGAGGUCCUGACAUGAUACAUCAUAAUACUUUGUUUAUAAUAAAUGUAGAAUUGAUAAAUUAAUAAACUAAAAUGUGAUUUAUAUUCUAGCAAAGGAUCACAGCAGCCUUUGCCCAAAAUUGCUUUGUAGACAGUGAUCAACUACUGAUUUCAUCUUUAUCUUGCAUAACUCCAAGUUGAGUAGAUGUAUACACAGGGGAAUCUUCUUUUUUUUAUGUCUGUACACGACUGAUUGAUACCAUGUGAGACAUUUGUUGUUAAUGUCUGUUAUAUCUUGCCAAUAUUGUAAAAGAAAACACUUGAGAUGCUGAUAUAUUGUAUAUAGUGCCUUUUGUAAAAAAAAAACAACAAAAAAAACAUUUUAUUUUAUUUUUGGGGUUCUUGUAUGAAUAUUUAUAUCACAUUUGUGGGGCAGCAUGCCAUAUAUGAGACUGUGUGUCAGAAGAAAACAGCUGUUUUGGUUACUGUACUGUCAACUUCACUUUUAAAUAUUGUAAAAUAACAUUAAAAUGCAUUCUUAAAAUAUA